AUGGUGCGGCGGCGGAAGGCGGCGGCCGCGGGCAAGCGCGGCCCGCCCGCCGCGCUCCUCAGCCCGCCCUCCUCGGAGGACGAGGCCCCGGAGGAGGUGUCCUUUGGCGUGGCGAGGGAGGCGGCCGAGACUGAACGGAGGCUCGUGGGGGAGGCGGCCCGGAGGCACCGGGAGCUGCUGAAGGAGAAGCGGCGGCGGCGCCAGGAGCUGUUCACGGAGCAGAAGAAACGGAAGCUGCUCCCCGAGGCCGUGCUGCAGGAGCUGGCCGCCGCGCCGCCCGCACGACCCGAUGAGCAGGCUCCAGCAGCUAACCCAGUUACUUUAGGUAAAGGCCGUGGAGGUGGGGCUGCGAAGCAGAGACAAGGCCAAGUCCAAAGGCGGGUGAAGAAAGAGAAGCAAAGGCCGGGUGCCAGGUACGCUGGGAGCCGGUCAAAAGGAAACUAUACGGCUGUGUGCUUAAAAGAUCAGAGUUUAACAGGCCUCCACCAGCAGCUCGCCAAAGACUUCUUAAACACUCAUCUCUAUGGACCAGACACCAACCGAGCACAGGCAAAUGAUUUUUUUUCCCUUGAAAACAAGAAAAACCCAGUUAAAAAAGCUGCAGUUCAGUUUGUGGACAAAUCUUGGGGGCAAGAAAAAAAGCAAAGAGCAACAAGGUUUAAAAAACGUUGGCUCGCAACACAACUUAAAAGUGGGGUAUGAAGACAGCUUUUUCAGAAGAUGCUAUUAAGGACUUUCACUGAAAGUCAGUCUCUCAACACAACAAAGGGGUUUUUUUCCCCACUUCUCCAUCAUCACUCUGCUUUCAGCUCUAGCCAGCAGCCACCAGAAGGCACUAACCUUCACAAAGCUGUGCCAGAACUGACUUCCCUGUUCUCUUCCCUCCCCCUUUCAGCAGUGGUUGGGGAAGCUAAGAAACAGCUGGGCCAGGGCAGUGGCUGUGUGUCCUUAAUACUGAUUUAGAACAGCUGGUGUCACAACCAGGCUUAUACUGCUGCCUCCAGGAGGCAGCUCCUUUGCAGAGAAUAAAGAUCAACGGUGUUGUACUUAC